AUGAAUUCACAUUGUGCACCUGGACAGAUAAGUAUCCCUAAACAAUUCAUCUCUUCAGCACCAAAAGGGGUUGAUAAAAUGGAUUAUCCACACUACUGUUAUCUCUUAAGAAAAAUGAACAUGCCUUUUGUGGCAGGAAUUGAGGAUAGACAUGACUAUGGCAGAUUCGAAAAGAAAUCUAAUCCUGCUUUUCUUAAAUUUCACCCUUAUCCUCCUUCGGUCCUGCCAGACUGCCAUCUACACUACCCUUAUCCCCCACCAUACGGACCAGAUUAUCCAUUAUUUCCACUUAGAGAUGAUAUACCUUUAAGGGAUCCCUGUUCACAGUUUUUGAGUCCUGGUGCUGAUGCUGACUUAAAGCCUGGCAUUGGCAGAACCAUACCAAACUUGGUGGAUUUUAGUGAUGUGAAACCACAACAACGAGUUCCUAGACCAGACACGGGAUUUAAUACAACAAUAAACAGACAAAAAAUUCUUCUAGAAGAAUUACAACAGGACAAGAGGUGGAAUUCCAGGACAGUACCAGACAUUUCUAUCAGGGCAAGACUUGGAGGUUGGACAAGUCCACUGAAAAUCACUCCUCAAGAACCUCUUCAUGAAAGAUGCUCAAUUAAUCCUAAAUAUACAUUUAAUAAGGAGGAAACAUGCAUGAAGGACGGUGAGUCACUUACUCAACCCAACAACAAAUCCAAUGAAAAGGAUUCGUUUUAUAAGUCUUCUACACAAAAAGCUUAUGAAAAUGUUCCUUGGGACAAAAUGCUACCACCAAAAAUUGACCCAGGAGAAACUACAGUGGAAAAAGCCGCUGACCUUGUAUCACAGAAUUUUACAUUGAAAAGAUAUGAAGGAUUACCAGCAAUAACUCAGAUGGUUGGUGGAAUCUGGGACAGAUCUCAAACAAGAUCUUUCUUGGCACCAGCAAAACCAAUUAACUUUGUAAGUUCAAGUACUAGAAGCAAGUACAUUCCUUUCUAUACUGGUUGUGUAGAGUCUACAAAUGCUGAUGAUGUGGACAAUCCCUUUGGAGAUUUGACAUCUCUAACCAAACCUCGGAGAUCUAAACCCCUGUAUACAAGCACAAAUUGCUCUGCCAACAUUCCAGGAUAUACUGGCCAGGUCCAUUUCACAAGCAUCCACCCAGCAAAUUCCAAUAUUUCACCAACAACACCAUCACCAGACUCAGAAGUGCAUCGCAUCUUUUGGAAAGACAUGAAAAUGGAUGUCUUCCGUCACCAGGGACCUCUGUCUCGAAUGGUCACAACUGUGAAACCCUACAACCCCUUCAAUAGGAAGGUAAAAGAAACUGUAGACUACUAA